AUGUUAAUACCACCCUGUUCUGAAAGUUCUGAUGAGCAUGUGCAUUCUUUGAUGGAAAUAGAACUUCUUCAAAUGGAUACUAUACCUCUUUUAGUAGAAGACAUUGUAUCUCAAAUUAGGUCUGAUGAAAGUGAUAUUGAAGACUAUGAUGACACUACCAGAGGGCUUCGUUUGAAAAUGCUUUUGAUGACUUAG